AUGCUUCAAGAAAUACAACUUGUUCAAGGUCAGACGAAUUACGUGGUCGUCUCAUCGGGUUACCCAACGGCGACUGUAACCAAGACUUCAGUCGAGAAGAGGAACAUACCAAUUGCUCCGGCUCCUGAAAAAAAUUAUGUCACACAUGAUACUCCGCCUAAUCUUCAGUAUAGAAAAAAGGUGCAUUUCCGAACGAAUCCAUACACCGGACCUCAGGCUGCGUCGAUCGCUCGCCGCAAUGCUAGAGAGCGUAAUCGAGUAAAACAAGUGAAUGACGGAUUCAACGCGCUGCGCCGUCAUCUGCCCGCUUCAGUGGUCGCUGCGCUAUCAGGUGGCGCUAGGCGCGGUUCUGGGAAAAAACUUAGUAAAGUUGACACUUUAAGAAUGGUAGUCGAAUAUAUCAGAUAUCUACAGCAAUUAUUAGAAGAAAGUGAUGCGGCAUUAGGGAUAACUCGUGACCAGGAAAAUAGAGAAAAUAUACCCAAUAGUAACACACAGCCAAUGACAUCUAUGGACUUAGACGAUGGAUUUUUCUACGGCAGCAGUUCUCCGAGCUCUGAGAAAGCCGCGUCCCCAGCACCUUCAGAAUGUUCCUCGGGAGUAUCAUCAGCGUACUCCAAUGUAGACCGGUAUGAAGUUUCAACGCAACAAAACCUUGGGCCGAUGGACGAAGAGGAACUCCUAGACGUAAUUUCGUGGUGGCAGCAGAAAUAG